AAACAGUAAAAGUACAGACUAUAUUUAGUUUCUAGGACAGGAUGAAACCCAGAGAUUAAAAGAAAAAACCUGAAAAUUUUAGAAAUUCAUUUUUUGUAAAGUCAGGUUAAAUCAACAAGACAAGUAAUUGAAGUGAUUGGACUGAAAAGUGACAAAAGUGUGCAUACAAAAACCGAGAAAAAAAGUGCUUAGUGAAAAAAAUACGUUUUUAGUGAAAUAAAAUAAACAGUCUAAAAGUUUUUGACGAAACGGAAAGAGUAACACGCCACACAAAACUCAGAAGCUAAAAUGACUACAUCUAUCCUCUGAGAUUUCGGUGUUUACUUCAGUAAUUUGCAGUAAUUUGACUGAAGAAAUAGCGGGGUUUAGUGGAGAGUGGAUGAUGCAUUAUCAGUGAAUUUGCACGAGCAUAUCUGGUUAAAACCAAAAUGGACUCGGUUUGGAAAACCGUCUAAUCAUAUUUGAUUCAUUGAUUAAUUGAUUGGUUAGUAAAAACAUGUCAGACCUUAGCUUUGAUUGGAUUGUGGAGGGACUUCUCAUCUUUGUUAGUUGUUUGCUGGGGAUAGUUCUAAAUAUUCUCCUUAUUCUAAUCUUCUGUUCAUAUCAGCUCAAACAAAAAACAUUUCAAAGGCUAAUGAUGAGUUUGGCACUCAGUGAUCUACUGUAUCUAGCCUCUAGUGCCUGGGUAUUCAGCUGUCCACUUCUUUGGCCAGAUAUAUCCACCACACAUAUGUUCGCUUACAGUGUCACAUUCAUGCUACCACUAGCACAUACAGGGUUAACAGGCUCUAUAAUGUUGACCUGUGGGAUGUCCCUGGAACGUUACAUCACAGUGUGUCAUCCAUUCUUCAAGAUAGCCCACAAAUGGCCAGCAUGGUACUACCUACUUCCAAUCGGAACUAUCAGCUUUCUCUACACUCUGCCUAGAUAUUUUGAACUCAGGGUUCUACAGAUAAACUAUCAGUUAGAGAAUUCAACGUUGGAGGAUUCUAAUAUUACUUUAUACUCCCUUCAACCAACCAAACUAAGGUUGAACGAGAACUAUGUUAACCUAUACAUUAUGUGGGCAAAUCUAAUCGUAUUAGGAAUCCUUCCUUACACCAUCCUUCUCUUUCUCAACAUAUCAAUCUUCAAAACAAUAAAGAAAAUGCAGAAUGAUGAUGAUCUUGGUGUGCUUGGGUUUAAUCCCGGAAUACGAUCUCAACGACGGAAGGAAGUUAAUCUCUCAAAAAUCAGUAUUCUCAUUGUUAUAGUGUUCAUGGUUUGCCACAGUCUAAAAUGGCUACCAACGGUGUGGGAGAUUACACAGAAAGGAAAAGCAUUAUCAGACUACGAGUGGCCUGAUUGGAUAGCUAAAAUCAGCAGUAUGUCCAACUUCUUGACAACGUUGAAUGGUUCCUUCACAGCCCUUGUCUACUUCAUCAAGCAGAGGAGGUUCAUCACCGAACACACCUUCGUCAAGUACAUCUUCAGAUCUCAGGGAACCAGUCUGGAACGAAUUGAAGAGCUAGAAGGUUCCAGAAGGAAUACAGUCUUCACACACCUCUCUAACUCAAGGAAUGUUCUGCCUCUUCUGGACCAAGAAAACGGAGAUGCUACAACAGAGUUGUAGCUAGGAAACAGGAGAUACUACAUCUGAAUUGUAGCUAGGAAACAGGAGAUACUACAUCUGAAUUGUAGCUAGGAAACAGGAGAUACUACAUCUGAAUUGUAGCUAGGAAACAGGAGAAUCUACAUCUGAAUUGUAGCUAGGAAACAGGAGAAACUACAUCUGAAUUGUGGCCAGGAAACAGUCAGAACACUGAAUUUUAGCAUGGAAACAGGAGAUACUACAAAUAAAUUUUAGCUCGGAAACAGGAGAUACAACAACUAAAUUCUAGCUAGGAACAGGGGAUGUUACAGCUGAAUUGCAGCUAGGAAACAGGGUAUAGUACAAUUGAAUUGUAGCCGAGAAACAGGAGAUACUACAACUAAAUUCUAGUUAGGAAACAGGAGAUGAUACAGCUAAAUUCUAGUUAGGUUACAGGAGAUGUUAUAGAUGAUUUGUAGCUGGGAAACAGGUGAAUUAUAGUUAGGAAACAGUUGAUGUUACAGCUGAAUUCUAGCUAGUAAACAGGAGAUAUUACAGCUGAAUUCUAGCUAGUUAACAGGAGAUGUUACAGCUGAAUUCUAGCUAGUUAACAGGAGAUGUUACAGCUGAAUUCUAGCUAGUUAACAGGAGAUGUUACAGCUGAAUUCUAGCUAGGAAACAGGAGGUGUUACGACUAAAUUCUAUCUAGGCAACAGGGUAAAAUACAAUCAAAUUGUAACUAGGAAACAAGUGGUUUCCAAUAUGCUUAAAGAAAAAAAUGUUUUUAAAAUAUGAAUAACUAAAUUUUUAUACAUUUUAUACAUUUUAUAUAUUUUAUACAUUUUAUGAAUAUAUUUGACCAACCGCUGUGAUAUUGUAAAGAACAUUGUUUUUUUUUCCUUCAAAAACCCUGCUGAUUAAAGAAUGUGUGAAAACCUCGCCUCGUAAAUAUGUUCUCAGAUAAUUGAUAAAUUAAUUACUUUGUACAUAAUAUGAAAAACCCAGUGACUCUGAGUAAAUGUGUAAAUAAAUGAGUUUAUAAACUAAAUAGAUAAUAUGUAAAUAGUAAAAUAAAUAUAGGAAAAGUUGUG